GAGUCGUUAGGCGAACCUGAGUGGUAAGAACCCUAAUUUAGUUUGAAAAAUGUGAAACAGAAGAGAAGAGAUCUAUUACCAUCUUCCUUGAGAAGACGGAAAGCGACCACAUGACGACAUCCUCCUUCACGCUUCUUCCUUUCCUCCCGCCGGCUUUCCUCUCUUCUGCUGCCUGUUUUUUGGGGCUUCGAGCUGGGUUGUUGUCGGUCUGGCUCUCUGGGUUUCUCCUCAUUGCUCUCUCCUUCUACGGAACCCACCUUUUAUCUUCUUCUCUCAAUGACCCGAUCAGAGAUUCCGGAUUUUCCCACGAUUCAAGUUCUCCCAGAAUCACCAUAUUCACAGCGCCUCCUCCUUUCGAUGGCUCCUUGGAAGAUCGGCAGUCGCUUUCUGUCCGCUCAUGGCUCGCUUUGUCUUCCCAUGUCACUGUCGUUCUCUUCAGUCAACACCCUUCUGUUUCUUCCUUCGCCCAGAGAUUCGAUUCCCGUGUCUUGGUCGAUUCCAGCAUCGAUUUUACGCUACUCGGCACUCCGUUCUUACACUCGAUGCUGAAAAGGAGUGAAGCAUAUGUGUCGGAUAUAGCUGUUCUGAUCGAUCCGGAUACAAUUCUGCUUCCGGAUUUUGUUUCUACUCUGAAUUAUGCUUACGAGCUUGAUCGUGACUGGCUACUCGUCGCUUCACCGCUUAACUUUCCCCACUUCCCGUUCUAUUUGGACGAAGAGGAUCGUUGUUGGCGUCAAGCCAAUGGGAGAAGGGUGAGAAUCCGGGAGUUGCAGAAGAUGAUAAACCAGAAUGGGCAGUCAAAUUCCGGUGAAGGUAAAAUCGUUAUGGCUUGGAACAAUAUUGGCGGGCCCUUACACGGGGGUGUCAUCCCACCUUUCUUGUAUCAGAGAGGAAUUCAUAAUCAAUGGGUCAUCAAUGAGGUUUUGACAUGUAAAGAUAGGUUUGUGUUUGAUGCUAGUUCAACCAUGUCCAGUUUCUUCGUAUCCAAUCCAGAGAACGAGUAUACGGGCGACAAUAACUCAGUUAGCCGGAAAAGGAACUGGGAAUACGUCUCAAACUCCCAUCUCGGCCAGCUUUAUGGGUCCUUGUUCUUCAGUGACAAGUCUUCUACUCUACCAAAACUUCUGAAGUGCAACAAGCGAUAUCUGUUCGUUAAUGCGUCAGAUCUCUCCAUUGUUCCAUCUAUGGCUGAAGUGAAGACUUACCAUCUGAGAGAGAGGAUGUCGGGUUGGCGAACACGAGAGAAGAUCUCAGCCUGUAUAAGCAGAAGGAAUUCAAGAAGCGUGAAGUUCAGUUCUUUCCAGAAAGAUCAGCCAAUGCCACCUUUGACAUUUCCCUUCCACCUGGAGUCUCUUCUCCUGCUAGUCGCAGACAAGAAUAAGACUGUUGUUCUUGCUGUUGCUGGAUAUAGCUAUAAGGACAUGUUGAUGAGUUGGGUCUGCAGGUUACGUCGCCUUGCCAUCCCGAAUUUCUUAGUCUGUGCCCUUGAUGAGGAAACUUAUCAGUUCUCUGUUUUGCAGGGUCUACCCGUUUUUGCAGAUCCAUUAGCCCCAGGCAACAUUAGCUUCAAUGACUGCCACUUUGGAUCCAGGUGCUUUCAGAGAGUAACCAAAGUCAAGUCCAGGAUAGUUGCGAAGAUACUGAAGCUCGGAUAUAAUGUUCUAUUGAGCGACGUGGACGUGUAUUGGUUCAGAAAUCCAUUGCCGUUACUUCAAUCCUUUGGCCCUGCUGUUCUUGUCGCGCAAUCUGAUGAAUAUAACAGGACGGCGGCGAUAAACUUACCUAGGCGGUUGAAUUCCGGGUUCUACUUUGCACGUUCGGAUGGGCCAACGAUCAGGGCCAUGGAGAAAGUGGUGAAGCAUGCUGCGACGUCCGGUCUGUCCGAGCAGCCGAGCUUCUACGACACGUUAUGCGGGGAAGGAGGAUCGUAUAGAGUCGGAGAGGAUAAAUGCGUAGAGCCGGAGACGAAACUGACAGUUAAGUUCCUGGACAGAGACCAGUUUCCGAACGGAGCCUAUUUAGAGCUGUGGCAGAGGAGAGACGUGAGAGGGGAAUGCGAGAGGAGGCGUUGCUUCGUGCUGCAUAACAACUGGAUCAGCGGCAGACUUAAGAAACUUGAACGUCAGAUGAUGUCUGGUCUCUGGGAUUAUGAUUCUUCCACGAGAAUGUGCGUUCAGAGCGUUGCAACGUAGUCGGACUAACGAAGAACCAUGGGUCCUAGUUUCGGCUCUAAACCGGUUUCUGGUCGGUUAGUGAUUUCAUCUCUGAUCACAGAUAAUGAUACAAGGUAUAGGUUUUCUUCUUUCUUUCUUUAAAAAAAAAUUGAUUUAAUCCAAAAUCUAAUGAAUGGUGGAUUUCAAAUAAAUUUGGGUUAGGGCGUUGUUAUUAUUGCUUUGA